CGGAUGUGUCUCUUGUCUCUACCUUGUCUCCGUGUCCGUCUCUUGUCUCUUUCUCCGCAUCGGAGAGAUUUUCUCUCCGCCGAUUCGCGUCCAAUCACGGCGGCUCUGCUGCACACCGAGGCCGGGAACAGUCCAACUGGAUCCAUCCGCCGUCCGGAGGUCUGGAGCUCAGCCGAGGAUACAGCCGCGGAUGGUUGUGUCUCCAGGCGGGGGACCUGGCAGCCCGGGCCCGCAGCGGGAGCAGGGAGGAGGCCCCGACGCCCCCUUGUUCUGACCCAGAAAACAGCACCGACAGCCGGCCUGCCUGUCAACUAGAAGGCCGGUUAGCUGCUGGCCUCUCCGGAGCUCGCAGGGAGGCUCCCGGGGAGCACCGUUAACGGGAUCGUUUGCAUCCCACCGGACUUAUUUUGGUUCUAAUUACCGAUCACACGGAUCCAUCCGCACUGACGGAUUUUAACAGCGACCUUCUGGAAACCCGGGAGCUGGCGGCUAGCUAGCUUCAGGCUAGCUGUCCCAGUUAGCUUCUCUCCCCGGUAACCAGACAGCGGAGGCUCCGGAGCGGGGAACGGAGGAGCACCGUCGGUCUCCAAGUACCAUCUCAUCGUUUCUACGGACCUCACCGGAGACACCGAUCAUGGCUGCUGCCUUAAUCAAGGAGAUCGUGAGCAGAAAUAAAAGACGCUACCAGGAGGACGGCUUCGACCUGGACCUGACCUAUAUUUAUCCGAACAUCAUAGCGAUGGGUUUCCCCGCCGAGCGUCUGGAGGGAGUAUACAGGAACAACAUCGACGACGUCGUGCGGUUUUUGGACUCAAAACACAAGAAUCACUACAAGAUCUACAAUCUAUGUGCAGAGCGUCAUUACGACACGUCAAAGUUCAACUGUCGAGUUGCUCAGUACCCGUUCGAGGACCACAACCCGCCCCAGCUGGAGCUGAUCAAGCCGUUCUGCGAGGACCUGGAUCAGUGGCUCAGCGAAGACGAGCAGCACGUCGCCGCCAUCCACUGCAAGGCGGGAAAAGGUCGCACCGGCGUCAUGAUCUGCGCCUACCUGCUGCACCGAGGCAAGUUCCAGGAGGCUCAGGAAGCCCUGGACUUCUAUGGGGAGGUCCGCACCCGCGACAAGAAGGGCGUGACCAUCCCCAGUCAGCGGCGUUACGUCAUCUACUACAGCUUCCUGCUGAGGAACCAGCUGCUGUACAAACCUGUCGCCCUGCUCUUCCACAAGAUGCUUUUUGAAACCAUCCCCAUGUUCACCGGAGGCACCUGCAAUCCUCAGUUUGUGGUGUACCAGCUGAAGGUGAAGAUCCACACCUCGAACCCUGCCCACACCCGACGGGAAGACAAACUGAUGCUGUUCGAGUUCCCGCAGCCACUUCCUGUCUGCGGAGACAUCAAGGUGGAGUUCUUCCACAAGCAGAACAAGAUGAUGAAGAAGGAAAAGAUGUUCCACUUCUGGGUCAACACGUUUUUCAUACCGGGGCCGGAGGAGAACCUUGUCAAACUGGAGAACGGCAGUGCCGGGACGCCGAGGGAACCGGCCGACAGAAUGCAGCAGAAUCCGGGGAUGAUGAUGAUGACGACUACGACGAUGAUGAUGGGAGGAGAAACCAACGACAGAGACUUCCUGGUUCUCACUCUGACCAAGAAUGACCUAGACAAGGCCAACAAAGACAAGGCCAACAGGAACUUCUCCCCGAACUUCAAGGUGAAACUGUAUUUUACCAAGACGGUAGAGGAAGGAGCGAACUGUGACGCCAGCAGCACGUCGGCCUCGGUGACGCCGGACGUCAGCGACAAUGAACCGGAUCACUACCGCUACUCGGACACAACGGACUCGGACCCGGAGAACGAGCCGUUUGAAGAUGACCAUCACAAUCAGAUCACAAAAGUCUGACACACACACACACAUACACACACUGUCUCACACACACACAUACAGAUAUAUAUGUGUAUAUAUAUAUAUUCAGUAUGUUUACACACUCAUGAGCCCGUUACUGAGACUAGCGUGUUGUUAGCUAACGGGAUGAUGUAACCAAUGGACCAUGGCUGAUCUGUGGGACUCACAGAGCUCAGAUCAGUUUAUAAGACCCCACCCCCCCACCCACCCCACCCCCCAUCUUCUGCUCAAUGCACAGCUGGACAAUCACAUGGUGAGGAGGGCGGGGAUUAACGUGUGGGCGGGGCCAGGCCGGGCAAACGCACGGCGAAUGGACAAUGAGACAGAUGAAUGGACAGACAGGAGAUUUUAAAAAAUAAAAGAGUAAAACUUGAAUAUAAACAAACUGAAAGACAAGUAGACUUCUUUAGUGACUACACCAAGAUGUUUGUUGGAUAAAUACCCACAACCCCUGUGUGUCCUUCCUUCCUUUCUUCCUUCCUGACCGGUUGUAGGAAACUUUAUACCGACCAAUUUUAUUUUUCCAUUUCUUCAAUCUUCAAUUGUGUUAAGCUGUUUCUGAGAGCUGACACUUCUCUCUGUGUGUGCACGUCCAAAUUUUCAGCCCAAAUUUACAAACCUUACUUUUUUUUUUUUUUGAACUUGUCUUAGACGUCGCAGGUUUCUGAAGGCCAGUGAUGAUAUCUGCAGAUUUCAGCUAAAUUAUAUCUGCACUUAAAAUCAGGAAGUCAUUAUGUUGCAGAGUUUCUCGUCACGUUUAACUGGGACUGAAAUUUGGACACUGAGGGACACUAACUAUGAAACCAGAUUAAUGAUGACUAUAAAGAACCAUCACACCUACACUUCAGGUGGGGCUGCUGUGACAGUGUUCAGACCGGUUUGAUGUUCAGCCAAUCACCAGAUCAGACAAGUAUACUAAAUUUUACCACCAGGUGUCACACUUAACUCAGCAGGUGCUCCUGAACUGAGCAAACAGAAAACUGGUGUCUGACGACUGUGCCGCACCACGUAACGUCUGUCUACACCUAAAUAUGAUCUGCUGUUACAUCACGUAAACAAACCACGUAGCUCUCAGCUGUUAGCUGGAGGUCAAACUGGGGACUACUGACACAGUAUGAGUUGGACUGAGUGCUGUGACAUGGUCGGCGCAGGUUGGUGAUGUAGGCGACUUUUUAAAUUGCCAAAUUGUGUCCAACGGGUUUAAUGUCGUACACCGGACCAGACUGGACCAGCAGAAUCAGAAAUCAACCCAACUCUAGUGCCACUUGAAGAAGGUGAGCCAGUUGUAGGUUCAGAUUUUUGUCCUGACAGAUUAUUGUAGGUUCUUGUACAUCAAAACAGAACCCUGGUCUUCAAAAGAAGAACAGACUAAACUGGACAGUGGUGAGUCGGUUUGGAUCAGUAUCACUUCAGACUUAUCCAGAAUAAUCUGAUCCAGUUUGGACCAGUUAGUCUGAGCUGGUGUGAGCCAGUUUGAGCUGUUUCAGACCGGUCUGAGUUCGUCAGCAGUCUAACUUUGGGCUAAAACUGAAUUACAGAGUUCUUUUAUCUGUGAAGAGUUUUUACACUUCUUUGAUUUUUUUUUUUGUGUUGUUGACAUUGGAAACUACCAAAGACCUUCUGAGCCCUCCAGACUUACUGUUCCUAGUCCUGAGUCCUGUUUGGACCGAGCUGGACCAGUCUCACUGCUGGUCUUUAGCAGGUUUUGGUCAGGACUGGCUUUGGGACGAGCAGCACACAGAGAGAAGUGACAGUCUGAGGAAGACAAUGAAGAAGAGAAACUUCACAAUCUGCUGCAACUCUGUCAAUCAUCUACUGUCGAGAACACAAACAGUACAAACCUACUGUGAACAAAUGCUUUUCUGUCUGUCCGUCUUCAGUUUCUCUUCAGCUCUUCAAUCAGCUCCUACACCUACAGAAAUGUAUUUUUGUUAUACUCUGACUUAUAUCCAACAUUAAGCUAAACAAUAGACAAGCUACACACAGUGUAACCAUUCCUUGAGCUAUGUAGGCUAACGCACCCCGACACAAGCUACAGCAGAAACCUUCAACUCCAGAGCGCUUGGUUUGAUGUGCCUGGGAUGCCAGGCGGGUGGGGUUUGCACUUUAUAAAGGACAGUUUACUGAAUGUUGAUGCAAAUUUCCAGGCAAGCUCAGUCCAUCCAACAAAGCCUGUCUGGCUCCUGUCGUACUGAUUAGAUCGAGUCCUUUUUAUAAAGUUGCCAUCUUUGAAGUUUGAGCUCAGAGUUUCUCAGCCUUGGGGUCAGGACCCAACGUGGGUUUGCAGUUGAUGUUUCAUGGAUAAAGAUCAGGUACAGAUCACUGUCCUCAAGAGUAUUUUGGGAUCAUGAGCCAGAUGAUGUUGAGGAACCCUUUCUACCAAGGUGAAAGAAGUUUGUUUGAGCGUUUCAUUAACUCAUCAGCUGCUGACCAAUCAGCUUCCAGCAGGUUUCGUGACCUCAGUCGGUCUUGAGAGUCAGGAGGUUCAGCCUCUGCUUGUCUUUGGUUUCUGACAUUUCAAAAAAAAAGGUUGUUGCUCUGUAACUAGUAUAGCUCUGUCCAUAGACUAUUAAUCGUUGUACUCGACACUACUUCUUGGAGACAUUUAAGCACUCACAUUCUUGCAAACUGAACCUUUAACACCAGGGAUGACAGGAUCACAUUAGCAUUACAGCAGGUUCAGGGCUAUUCUGUCUGGAUUUUACAGAAAUAAAUGAACAUUAGGGAUGCUCCGAUUCGUCUUUUAGAUUCAUAGACUUCAUUAGAGCAUUAGACAUCAAAGGAAACAGGAACUAAUCACCAACUGGUUCCUGUUUUUUGGGCUCUUACUGAAUGUAGGGGCUUAAAUUCUCGUGCAACAAGCUAAAAGAGAAAUUUAAAACCUCCUCUAAAUGUAAACAGACUUUUGGAUGAUUAUUCUGUGGAUGUACCUUCUUAUGUCUGCAAAGGAAGCUUCCUCUGCCCCUGCUAGUGUUUAUACUGCAAAAAUUACCUUUAUUGGACUUAAAAUGGCAGCGACGUCUGAUUGCUGUGCAGUCGAGAACAGGCCAUGAGAGCACUAUUUUAAGUAUUUAAAGUAAUUUCUAUUAAAAAACAGUCACUUUGCCCAGAUUUCAUCUGAUUGAACGGAGCAUCCUUCAUGAUCUAAAGGAACAUCUGCCUUCAGAUCGAGUGUGGGUAGAAGUUUUAGUUCUGAUGUCUAAUUUUCCGUCCUAACAUUUGGUGCUACUACCGAUCAUUGGCUCUGCGUUCGUCCUUACUGAUUGUUCAUCACAGGUGUCGUAUCAAGAGUCUGGGUUGGGUCUUAAAGUUCAUGAUGUCGACCCUGCGGGCCUUACCAAGAGCCUGGUCACACAGGACGUACUUGAAAAUAAGAAAUCCUCAGCCAUUAUUCCGAGAAGCUGCAGAGGCAGAAGCACUGAUACUGUCAUGUGACUCUCAAGGAGAUGGUUCAAUAGAAGGCAGUUCCCAAGCUGACAUUCUAUCUCGACAUUAUAACAGAACCUGAACUCAAGGGGUCAAAGGCACACAGCAGCACACUGAAAGGCCAAUCACGGUAAUAUCAAGCACGACUGGUUACAAUCUUGAUGUCCCAAAUGUGUCAGAGAACAGGGCUGAUCCUGACAGAGCAGGGACGAAGAAGUUUAUCAGGGACUCAUACGAGACUGAUCCCGGCAUCCAGAGGACACUUGGCCAUUCUUAGUCCUGACCACAGACUGUGUAUAAAGAUGGACAACAUGACAGCUCACCAAAAGUGAAGCCUAAACAUUUACAUUGCCCCCUGGUGGCUGGCUGCAGUACAGGUCAUAAACCCCGCCCCCUUCAUGUUAGUAGAUGGGACAUGAGCAGGAAACUUUGUUACCACGGAAUUUGCUACUGCGCAGACUCUGGCUCCAAAUGACAUCACCAGAACGAAAUGGCAGCGACCGUAUCCAGAAUAUUUUAACUUGAGUUCUGUACAGUGGGAGGAGGUGGGGACGCAUCAUCCAUCUUAAUAAACAGUCUGUGGUCCCGACACUCCAAGUUUGAAGCUGUUUACUGAGCCUCUCUUGGUGAAGGUGAAACACGCUGAACAGGAAUGACAAUCACAAACUAGUAAUCUGAUGUCCAUCUUUAUCGCAGAGCUAAAGGAGAAAGACCCAGUUCAUUAAUCAUCUGAUUGGAAAGCGAAGAAAUUCCCCCAAAGACGUAGCCGUUUUUCUGUUCCUUUAUUUCCUCGCAGUGAGGUGUACUGGGCAGAUAAAGUACGUUGGUCCCAGACCUCUUAACUGAUGACCAAAAACAACCAAGUCAAUCACAUCUUUGUAGGCAGGGUUAAGAGGGGAACACCAUCUUCCAGAGCCAGAAAAACAUCCACAAAAAUAAUAAAAAGUGUAGAUAUGAUGUUCAUAGCUGGAGGGGUCAUUGUUAGUUGACUUCCCCUCUGUGCCGAAGGAAGAGAAACAAAACUGACUUUCUGGUCAACAGAUCAUAAAACCUUGGAUCCCAAAAAAAAGGACUCCAAACUCCUUGAAGUCGUUGGAUCAAGUAGAAAAAGGUGCCUGCCACUGAUGACGUUGUGUCCUGUGUGAUCAUGUCUUGGGGGCUAUUAGCACUGCAGCUCAAUUAAAGCCUCUCGUAGCCUCGUGCUCUCAGAAGACCGGUGCUUCUGAACAGCCACCGUCAGUCCUACAUGUCAUCUCGUUGGGUUUAAGGUGCUAAGCUAAGCUAGCCAGGGCUGAUGCUGAGCCUGUUGUCCAUCUUUGGUGCUCUCUACCAGCCACGAGUGUUCGUGUCUUGAUCUGUGACGCCGAGCAGCUCUGUCGUCAGUGUGGCGAUCUAUCCACAGGCUCUGUUUGUGUAUUUUACAACAACAACACACUUCCUGUCCUGACUCCUGUUAGGUGCUGUUAAGCCUGGCCUCACUUCCUGUCAGCACCCCGUUCAAGCAUGACUGCUGUGUAGAUUUGUUCAGUGGAGAGGCUUAAAACCUGAAUGCGGUCACGCAGAAAACACAACACACUACUGCAAACUGGUGUGGACUCCUAAACUCAACCAGCAAACCUGGAUUACAUCGUCCACGAGAACCUUGCAACUAAAGCAGUGACCAUUAAUUCCAGUUGUUUCAGGAGGCUGUUGGAGACACUCAUCUCUUGCUGCAGAUUUUCUUUAAAACGUGUUGGCAUGUGGCUCGAAUGAGACUGAUCACAAAUCUGGUUCUAUGAAGGUGUGUGUACAUGUGUCGCGGGAAACUUUAGAAUGCUGAGGAGUCGAUGCCCAGGCCUCCCAAAUCUCAGCAACACAUUGUGCGUCCCUUUGCGUCAAAUAAGCUUAUGGGUUGGUACAACUUGUUGCUGGGAGGCGGGUUUGAAAUGAAAAAGAAAAAAUACGCAAGUAAAUAAAAGCACAAAGCCACACUAACGUCUCCAAACACCCAAGUUUUCAUGUGCCAGCCGCAAUCCUUAACGUGUUCCCCAACAACACCAACAGCCUGUUUGAAAUGACAACAGGCAUCUGUCUCUUUAUGACCUUCAACUCUUAACAAAAGCAGGACGAAGUAUAUGUUGUAGUACUUCCUGUUGAACACUGCACAUACCAGUGUGCAAUGAACGGGUUUCGGGUAUUUGAGGCCAGGCUGGUGCUGUCCACGUCUCUGACUGCUUCAGGUGCUCGGUAUCUUUUCCUUUUGACCAUUUUACAGUUGUUUCACGGACGACACAUUCUAGUCCAGCAGAGUCGAGUCCGUGUGGUAGACUCGUACAGACCCAGUGUUGACUUUCUCCUUGUCUCGAGUUUUACGAAGACAUUUGGUGAAGCUGUCCCCACCCUCCUCCAACCCUCUCUGGUCUGUUCUGACAGAUGUUCAGGGUUCCUGCACUGUUCCAGAAAGUCCCAGAGACAUCUUUGAGAAGUGACACCUGAACAUGAACCCUCAGAUGUCACUGAGUUCAGUGUUUCAGAUCAGCAGCUCUACGUUUGGUGUUAACAGUGGAGUCGGCCGUGUUUCCAAUGAAGCCGAUGACGUUAGAAUCUGGACUCUGAAGGAACCCUGAACUCUGGAUAAACUUGUAACCUUCAGCAGCUGCAGUGAACCAUUUUACAGAUGACAGUCAAACUCCAGUGAUCCCUUCAGAGCUUAUUUGUUGUGUCUGUUUUUGCCGACCGGACAACACUUCGACUCUUUUCUGUUUACAUCAUCAAACCUGCCAAAACGAAGCUCAGACUCUAAUUUCUUUUUAAGGUUUUGAUUGUUUGCUGGCUAAUUUGGAGGUGACACGGUAAACACGGCCGAUGUUCAUGUUCUUUCUACUUUCUGCCUUAAGAUGCGUCACAUGAGUUCCCGUUCAACAAACACUGCCCUGCACUCAGACUCAUCUGAUAGUGUCAUAUUGUGCAAACCCUCUGCAUCAGUGUUUGUAUUGGCUGAACCUGUGACUCCGCCGGAGACGGAUGAAAGUCGCACCAAACAGGUCAUCAUUUGGUUUUUAUCGAGGUGAAUGAGAGGCGGUGUUUGUAGGAUGGGGCGUCAUGUGACAGCACCUUUACUUCAGCAACAGUUUCCUGCUCCUCUGUGGUUCGUUAGUUUCUCAAACCGCCACAUUUCUGUAAACAGGAAACAGUUCAAUCCCAGGUGGAUCUUUGUCAGGUAAUGUUUAAAAUCCAUACCCACAGGCUUUAAGAUGAGGGGCAUGGCUACACAACAACCUGAACAUUUCAAAAUGGUUAAAAAGUGACUGCUCACUCACUCCCCCCACUCGUUACUCUUUGUUGCCGCAGAGUAUUAGAACAACUGGUCCUUCAUUUCAGACAGAAGUAGAAUAAAUUAUUUCAUUUCAGCUCAGUUCUGUUGUCACUGUCACACUAGCUAAUUAAGCUAACGUUACUUCCAUGCAUUGGUUGAAAACUCGCUCUCCAACUGACAUUUUCAUUUUUCAUGACUGAUUUGUUUUACAUACAAAAACCCUGUAAAAACGUAAAAACUGACUGAGGCUAAAGCUAACAGGUUCCAGCACACGAUAUAAUGCUAAAAGACUAAGGCUAAAGCUAACAAGACAGGACGUGAUGCUAACAGAUUGAGGCUAAAGCUAACAAGACAGGAUAUGAUGCUAACAGAUUGAGGCUUAAGCUAACAAGACAGGAUAUGAUGCUAAUUGAUGGAGACUAAAGCUAACCUCGACUAGAUGCUGAGAUAUGAUUGGAUAGUCCCAGUUGGUGGGAGGUGUUUAGAGAAUGAAAACUUUAUUCAGACUGCGUCCCGUUGACAGGUUUGACCUGAUAAAGAUCCGACUGGGAAAUCCAAACACUGUGUUUAACUUCCUGUCUACACGAAUAAAGCUAUUUUUGAAAACCGCUCUUCUCCUCCACGUUUUGACCUCUCGUCCACACAAAUGCAAAUUCUGGAAAACACCUCGUACGGUGCAGAUCUGUCUAAACUUCUGCUAUUGUGUAUCUGAUUGGAGCAUUUGGGAAACUAUGUCAUCUUCCCAGUUUGCACAUGGCCAUUGUUGCUUUGUGCAAUGAGCAUACGCCAAAAACAACAGCAGCAGCAGCAGGCUAACAGCUUGUUUAUUUUGUUAGCACUGCUUCGGUCUAAUGAUGACGUUACAUCAACCCGCUGUGCUGCUGCACCACUUCAAAGACGAGUUGAGUGGUCUGCGGCGCCCAACGUUACCUGGUCGACCUCAGCAUCUGCGGCCUGAAGUCGUCCAUAAAAAACAUUUUGGGAUCAUUCUUUGGUGUUUGACACUUUGUCGAGGCAGCUUUUACCAACACCUAGUGGCCGGGUGAGUGUUUUGAGUCGUUCUGGUGUGGACGGAGACAUUUUGUAAAAACCAAGGUAGUUUUUAAAAAUAUCAGUUUAUGUGUAGACCGGACCUGAACAGGUAAACAGGUGUUUGUGGAGUGAUGUCAAAGUUUCAGACUGGACUCUGUGACAGACGUGGUUUCGUAAACGUCCCUGAUCAUCAGAAACUGUCGGAGCAGGAUGUCGUCGUUCAGUUUCAUGUUUCAGUUUCAGCGGACACAACUUUUCUGUUCAUGAUGAUUGUCUUGUUCUUAUUUUUUUGUUUGUUGUUGACAAAAUCAAAACCAAACAAACAAACAGAAAACCCUUGGUAACCACCGGCCUGAAGACAUUUCAUGUUAAACUGAACCCCCCCCCUCCCCUUCCACACACACACACACACACACACACACAUACAUACACACACACACACACGUUUUACUCUGUCCCUCCUGAUUUUAUAAUGAA